AUGACUGACAACUACCGAACCGAGCGAGCGGGUUCUUUCGCCUCUUCCUCUACCGAGACCGCGACUCUUCACGAGCUGACCAAAUUGGACCCCAUGGAGGACAGCGUGCACAAUCUCAAGGCCCAGAACGAUGAAGAGGCCGCUGAGGAAAAUGAGAAACUGUUGCCCAAGGCGAACGAGAAGGAGGACCCCGCGAAGGCCAGCUUUUCUUCCGCCGUCGUGUGGAUGGUUGUCAACACCUUGGCGACUAUCGGAAUCGUCUUCACAAACAAGGCCAUCUUCUCCGACCCUCAAUGGAAGUUGUGUCAACUCACGUUUGCGAGUUUUCACUUCCUCGUUACGUUUCUGACGCUCCACAUUCUCUCGCGUCCUACCUUUGCCUACUUCACCCCGCGCCGGGCUGCGAUCAAGGACCUCCUCCCCCUGUCUAUCGCCAUGUGUCUGAACGUCAUCUUGCCGAACUUGUCGCUGGCCUUUUCCUCUGUUACCUUCUACCAGAUUGCACGUAUUCUCCUGACGCCAACCGUCGCCCUUAUGAACUUUAUCUUGUACAAGGCGACCCUGCCUCGAAAUGCGAUCAUGGCUCUCAUUCCUGCUUGCCUCGGCGUCGGAAUGGUGUCUUACUACGACUCACUGCCUACCAACGACGACAAGAUCAAGGCGACCUCGGGAUUGGGCGUUUUCUUCGCCUUCUCUGGUAUUUUCGCUUCCUCACUGUACACAGUUUGGAUUGCUAGCUACCACCGCAAGCUUCAAAUGUCGAGCAUGCAGCUCCUGUACAAUCAGGCGCCUAUUGCCUCGUUCAUGCUGCUUUAUGUCAUUCCCUUUGUUGACACCUUCCCCGAUUGGAUGACCGUUCCUGGCAACCGCUGGCUCAUGAUUGCCAUGUCUGGCGCCUUUGCUUCGCUCAUCAACAUUUCUCAAUUUUUCAUUAUCGCUCAGACCGGACCAGUGUCAAGUACCGUUGUUGGCCACCUCAAGACCUGUACCAUUGUCGCCCUCGGUUGGAUGGUCUCUGGACGGGCAAUUGGUGACAAGUCGAUCAUGGGUGUCUUUGUUGCCAUUGGUGGUAUCAUCGGGUAA